AUGAUUGCUCAUGUAGAUAUUGGACAGGUUAAACAAGAAGUAACCACCUGCACUCAUCACCACCGUUACUCAGUUUAUGCUUACCUAGUGGUGACGCUAACCCUACAUCUCGAGCGCUGGGCUCGUAGUAGGCCCCAACUCUUUGAUCCAUGGGCCCCAAAAGCGCUGAAAACUCCAUCAAUCAAAUGGCAGGCGGGCCCAUCGACAUAUAUUGGGCUGCGCAUGGGCGGGUCAUUUGCGCUCGGGACACCGGGAGGGCGGGCGGUCGCCUCGGCCUGGUGGGGGACGGUGAGGCUGUACACGGACCAGACCGGGGCGAACAUUACCCGAAUUGUUCGGAUGGGGGAGGAAAAGAACGACAGGGGGUAUUCGUACGGGAGGAGGCUAACGAGGAUGAGGGUGCAGGACAUUAUAAGGGACGCGGUGACGGCGAGGACGAGGCCGCUGCCGGUGAACCCCAGGGGAGGGAUGUAUCUUGUUUUGACGGCGGAGGAUGUUCACAUGGAGGAUUUUUGUGAGGUGUGCGGAUUCCACUACUUCACAUUCCCCUCCAUAGUAGGGUACACAAUGCCGUACGCCUGGGUCGGAAACUCCUCGGAGCCAGCGUACCAAGCGUUCGGCGAGGGGGUUGGACGCCAUCUCCGCAAGCUCGUGGGCGAUCACGCUGACCAUGCCGUCGACACCUGGGUCGCGCGUUGGGGUUUUUCGGGAGGGCGGGGCGUUGCCUGGGUACAAACGCUGGCCCCGUCUUUCCCGACAGAGAUCGCAGAUCUCUGCCUGGGAAUUUACGGGACGGGUGGGGGCGGAGCUUAUACUGGACAGCUGAUGGUAGAUGAGAGGAAUGGAGGGGCCUAUAAUGUGAAUGGUAUUGGGGGGAGGAGGUUUCUUGUGCAAUGGAUUUGGAACCCUGUGCUUAACUAUUGUACUGGUCCUAAUGCGCUUGAUCAAUGAUGAUGAUGACAAUGUUAGGGGGGUGAUGGUAUGCUAAUCAGUAAUCAUCUUGAUUAUUAAUCAUUGAUACUGUCGUCUUGAUCUCUUUCUCUCUCCUGUCUUUGUUGGGGGUGGUUGUUGAUUGUGAUUAUUAAUAAGAAAAGAGAGGGCUAGCUAGAGAAGAGACUGUGUUAUUUCA